AUGGAUUCAUCUUCAUCUUCAAUGAACCACACAAUUUCCCUGGAAGAACUCAAGCUGUUCCACACCAUAGACCGAGCCAUCUUCUCCAGGCUUGUUUGGAACCUUCAACGCCAACCCUUCGAGUCAAUGCACGUCAUGGCUUUAUUCCUUUGGCUCGAAAACUACAGUUGUACCCCUGGUCUGCACCUUGUUUACAAUAUCCAUCCCUGGUCUGAUCCACUCAUCAAUGCAUUAGCCGAUGAAGCUGUCCAAUGCUUGAUUUGUUUAAACACCGACGAGUUCCCUUUCAGUCAUUUCCAUGACGAUAAAUGUACAAUCCCAUUGAUUCGAAAGUUAACCGGGAACGAAAUUUCUCUCCGUUUCUUUCACGAAAAUCGUGUCGAGAUUGUUCGUAGGAUCACUCAACUUGUUCGCGACAUUUGUUUAAGAGCCUUCGAUGAUAUAAUGAAAUUGAUUCAUGAUCCAUUGAUUAUGCCUGUUUAUAGUGAGAAGAAGAUGGGAAAUCAGCAAAAUUUGAAACCAAAUUUGGGUUUUCUCAUUGGAGCUCAAAGGAACAACGAAAUGGAGGAUCUCUGGAAAGGUAUACAUAAUAUUAACAUUAAAAGCUUGGAAGAGAAUAAUGGUAAGAAGAAAGAAAAUAAGCAAGUUGAAGCAGAUGAUAGAACUGUUUUCUUAACAUUCUCUAAAGGGUACUCUGUUUCUGAGGCUGAAGUGAGAGACUUCUUCACCAGGAAAUUUGGGAAAAUUUUUGAAGGAAUUGAAAUGCAAGAAGUGGUUGAAGGGGAGCAGCCAUUAUAUGCAAAGUUGGUAGUGAAGUAUGGUUCAGACAUUGAAAUGAUACUGAAUGGGAAGCAGAAAGCUAAGUUCUCAAUCAAUGGAAAGCAUGUUUGGGCUCGUAAGUAUGUGCGUAAGAACCAUAAGUCAUCGCCUUCAAAGGUGGAAUCCCAUCAUCUUCAAUGA